CUGGUGAAGCAGGAGCUCAGCAGUGGGAUGGAUUCUGACUACUAAAGAGACGAAGUGAGAGGGAGGGGGAAAGAGUCAGCGAGCGCGGAGCUUGCACAAGAGAGGGAAAGGAUUGAGGCACUGGUGUGCAAAUCCACAUGAGCAGAUCUGGAGGAAAACGCUGGCUGCUUUGGGCGAGACCUUGAGCGUGGCUUUUCUCAUCAUCAAGAGGUAGCCCUCGACGCUCGUCGUACAUCCCGGAGGAACGAGGCGACAAAGACUUGACUGACAAGCGCAAGAGACUGACUAGGGGGAGGUCUAUGACACUUCAUUUGCUUAUGUGGAGAAGAGGAGUGUGAGGAAGAUCUAGGGGAGAAAAAUGAAUAUCAGACAACAGCUGUUUUUUUGAAUGAUUUUUUUUUUCUUCCCCAUUCAUAAAUCCAACACGGCAAUGUAGAGCCAGUCUUCCUGGCUGGAUGUUGCACGAUCUGGUCGGCUGCUGAAUGUUUCAGUUGGGGCUCCUUAUCUCCUUUUCUCCGUUUUGCACUUUUCAAUGUGCAACCUGAACAAUUCACAGGCUUGGGUUCUUUUUGACUAGACUGCACAUUUCAGGGGAAGAGCAGAGGGGCGGCUUGCGAUCCAAGACGGGAGUUUGGAUCAUGUGUGAUGUUUUUUGAUACUCUUGACUUUGCAAAUUGAUUCCAAUUUCUCUGCUAACUUCUGAUUAGUAACUGACUUGCUGACCAUGACAGCCAUAAAGGGAGAUUCGGAGGACAGCAUCGAAAGCAUAAGGCCUUCGAAUCUGCAAGCCUUCGCCAACUCGUCCACGCUGCAUGGCAUGAGCCACAUUUUUGCCUACGGACACAUGACAUUCCGUCGCUUCUUGUGGACUCUCUCGUUCCUGGGCUCUCUCGGGCUGUUGCUUCUGGUAUGCAUGGACCGUGUGUCGUACUACCUUGAGUUUCCUCACGUCACCAAACUGGACGAGGUGGCAGCACCAAACCUCACCUUUCCCGCUGUGACUUUUUGCAAUCUCAACGAGUUCCGCUUUUCCAAAAUCACCAAAAACGAUCUCUAUCACGUCGGGGAACUGCUUGCCCUGCUCAACGAGAACUACCAGAUCGCAAACCCACAUCUAGCAGAGCCAGAAAUCCUUGCUGCUCUGAAGGAAAAGGCCAAUUUUGUCAACUUUAAGCCCAAGCAGUUCAACAUGACCGAUUUCUAUAACCGAACGGGCCACGACAUCGGCGACAUGCUUCUGCAGUGCACUUUCCGAGGCGACGAUUGCUUCCCUUUCAACUUCUCCACAAUUUACACAAGAUAUGGCAAGUGUUACACCUUCAACUCGGGCCUGGAUGGGAACCCACUGCUGACGACGUUAAAAGGCGGAACAGGAAACGGGCUCGAGAUAAUGCUGGAUAUUCAGCAAGACGAAUACCUGCCAGUGUGGGGAGACACCGAUGAAACGUCAUACGAAGCAGGCAUCAAAGUCCAGAUCCACAGCCAGAAUGAGCCGCCCUUCAUAGACCAGCUGGGAUUUGGUGUGGCCCCUGGAUUUCAAACUUUUGUGUCUUGUCAGCAGCAACUGCUUCAGUAUCUUCCACCGCCUUGGGGCGACUGCAAAUCCUCUGCCAUGGAAUCAGACUACUUCUCCACCUACAGCAUAACAGCGUGUCGUAUCGACUGCGAAACCCGGUAUCUGCUGGAGAACUGUAACUGCAGGAUGGUACACAUGCCAGGCACCUCUACUGUAUGCACCCCAGAACAGUAUAAGGACUGCGCAGAUCCUGCCUUGGAUUUUCUUGUUGAAAAAGACAACAACUACUGCGUGUGCCAGACACCUUGCAACAUGACUCGCUAUGGCAAGGAGCUUUCCAUGGUGAAAAUACCCAGCAAAGCGUCUGCCAAAUACCUGGCCAAGAAGUUCAACAAAUCCGAGCAGUACAUUGGAGAAAAUAUAUUAGUCCUGGAUAUCUUUUUUGAGGCCCUGAAUUAUGAAAAGAUUGAGCAGAAGAAGGCAUAUGAAGUGGCUGGUCUACUUGGUGACAUUGGUGGGCAGAUGGGGCUGUUUAUAGGAGCUAGCGUCCUGACAAUACUGGAAAUAUUUGAUUAUUUGUAUGAGGUAUUUAAGGAUAAAGUAUUGGGCUACUUUCUACGUAAAGGACGACCACGCCGGAGUGCAAGCGAUAAUCUGGACUACUCUGAGAACCCCACCAGCCCUGGUGUCACGCCUAAUCAUACCCCCAGAGCACAUGCGACACGCUCCGGAGUCACUCGGACAGCCUCGGAUUCGCGCCGAACGUGCUACCUAGUCACCCGUCUCUAGGGAACUUCGAGGAGUUCGCUUGUUGACGACGCGGACGGGUCGAGGACAAUUAGUGGUCUGACUAACGGCAAACUGUGAUUCUGACUUGUAUACAUGUACAUAUCCACCACACACAGUACGGUACGAUACAGUACAGUAUGUGACGACUAGUUCAAUUGGUCAGUGAAUAAAUCAACGCCUGAAUAGAAUCAGAUAUCACCGUACAAAGUACAAGUAGGCAAAAUGUUCCCAAAACAAUACUCAGGUUAUAUUAGCAUAACGCAGUAUCAACAGCACCAACUCCAUGUUGUUCCAUGUUGUGAAAACGAUAGUGAUUUAAAGGCUAUCGACUGAUCGUCGACCGUGCGUUGGAUUACUACCGAGGCUGCUACUGAAAGUGAACUAAUCACGGCACACUACUGCACAAAAUCAGCCCAAACAUGCAGGAACCUUUCUUUUUGUUAAACACUAGGCUUGUGUUGAUAUCUAGAAUAUACCGAUUGUCCAGAACACACUCGCUCACUGUUUAUAGUUAGCUAGCGUAUCUUUGCAUUCUUCGGUCAUCAGUUAGCUCAAGUCUUAACGUAACGACCUUUCGACGAUGCUGAUUCUGGGUCCAAGCUUCUACAGUGUCGGCUGAUGCUCACGUAGUUUUGACGCGCUUCCCUCCAACCUGAUUUUCCGGUAGAACCUGGUGAGUCUCCAGUUUCAGCACUUUACGUUACGGGAAAAAGUUUUCCAGGCAGACGGUAUCGGUGUCCGAUUUUGGUGAAAUUAGCGUGAGGACUUGAACCAAAAAAAGUUCAGAUCUUUCAAAAUGGUGGACGCCAAUGGUAACGUUAAAGCUAGCAUCCAACGUAUUUUUUUUUUACAUGCAACACUGUGUAUUCUGUUAGCAUUAUAAACACUUAAAAUGUCAACACAAGCCUAGUCGAUGUAAAGGGACUACAUGAUGUGUAACAGAACUUAUUUCUCUGAACGCAGUCGAAUAACGUUUGUCUGUUUACAUUACAUGUAUAUAUAUAUAUAAGUGCAAUAAUCUGCAUCACAUGUUAGAAUAACCAAUGUAAUACCUUACCUUACAAAAGGCUUAACUGUUAGUUAAAAAGGAAAAGAUUAGAUUCAGGUUCUGUGUUCAAGUCUCCGAGGAGCAUUUUACUUUUGAUAUGCAUCGUAUUUCUAAUCGUUUCUAUUGUAUAUUCUAUACUGUAUUACAAAUUCUACACCAGAAGGACGGUCGGAAAGAUUCAGGUUUCAGCACAUCACGUUUUCACAGAACGACUCGAAUCAAAAUCAUCAGACGGCCCGCGUGAGUUUGCGCGAGUAAACGAGGGACGUACACAACCGUGAAACACAGAGCGGAGCUCAUAUAGUUAUUUACGAAUGAUACAGCUUUAGUCCUAAUCAUAAACCCUUUGCGUCUUUCCCCAAACGCUGCUCGUACAUCAAGCCUCAACACCACCACCACCACCACCACCACCACCACCACCACC